AUGUCCUACCUCCAAUACGUCAACUUCAGCGCCAGCGUCGUCCGCGCGUCGCUCAAGGAACCCGUCAAGAGCUCCGUCGCCGCCCGCAACGCCGUCGACUUUGCCACGUGGAAGUGGACCGCCGGCGAGCGUGGUGCCCGCGUCGAUGUCGACUCGAUCAAGAAGGCCGCCGAAGCCUUCAAGUCGGCCACCUGCCUUACACGUCUUUGGCCCUGGCGCAACGACCGGCGCGAUCACCCUGCGCAUGGACGCUACCAAGGAUGUGUUGGCGAUGCCAUCGCGCCGGCCAUGGCGCGCCGCCGAUUGCAGGACUGCUUUCUAUGA